GGCCCGUAUCGAUUAAGUUGAAAUCGUAGAGAUUAUAACGGAGACCAAACCCUAAUUCGUUUAUAUACCGGUACGUAGCCUCCUCCCACUCAUCUUUCAGCUUCUCUAAUCGACGUUCGCUCCUCCGUCCAAAGUCAAAAUGGCGCCGAAGAAGGAUAAGGUUCCGCCGCCGUCAUCUAAACCUGCCAAAUCCGGAGGUGGAAAGCAGAAGAAGAAGAAGUGGAGCAAGGGAAAGCAAAAGGAGAAGGUGAACAACAUGGUGUUGUUUGAUCAGGCUACUUACGACAAGCUUCUCACCGAAGCUCCCAAGUUCAAGCUCAUCACCCCUUCCAUUCUCUCCGACCGUAUGAGGAUUAACGGGUCCCUAGCAAGGAGGGCUAUUAGAGAGCUUAUGGCGAAAGGUGUCAUCAGGAUGGUCGCUGUUCACUCUAGCCAGCAAAUCUACACUCGUGCCACCAACACCUAAUAUGUUUUGUUUGUGAUACCAGCUUUGGCCUUUUGUUUUUGUUGUCUCCUCCUCUUCAGGAACUCGUUAGAAUUUUGUUUUUAAUUCCCUUAUAAAGAAAGAAAAAAAAUGCGUUGAGACUACUAAA